CUCUCUUUCUCUCUUCUUUAUACUCUUCUCACAUUCUCAUCAUGUCUCUCCCGCAGAAUGUCCACGUCUCUUCCCACCCCUGUCUGCAAGCUAAACUCUCCCUCAUCCGCUCCGAGUCCACCACUCCACGCGAGACAAGAGGCCUAGUUCAUGAUAUCGCCACUAUUCUGGGCGUGGAAGCCUUUGCAGGACUAAAGUUGGCCAAGACAGGAACUGACCGCACCCCUCUCGGUGUCGAAUACGAAACCCAGGGCAUUGACCCGGCAGACCUGGCUCUAGUUCCGAUCUUGCGGUCUGGACUAGGCAUGGUUGAUGCCCUAAACGACCUUCUCCCAACCCCAGUCCCAGUCUACCACCUAGGCCUAUUCCGCGAGAAAGCAACUCUCCAACCUGUAGAGUACUACAACAACCUCCCGUUCCACCGGUCAGAGCUCUCACCAGCCUCACCAGCAUCCCUAAACCAAGGAACGAACAGCGCAGCAGCAAGUCUGGCCGUCCUACUCGACCCCGUCAUUGCAACCGGCGCCACGGCCGAAGCGGCCAUCCAGCUGUUGCGAGAUUGGGGCGUGAAGAAGGUUAUUAUGCUUAGUGUGCUUGCUUCUGAGGAUGGUGUCAAGCGGGCUGCUGGGACUUGGGCUGAGGGGGUGGAGGUUUGGGCUGGAGCUAUUGAUGCGGGGGUUAAUGAGAAGGGGAUGAUUGUGCCUGGUCUUGGGGAUAUUGGGGAUCGGUUGUUUGUUGCUAUUGGGAAGUAACUUAGGGUUUACCUCUUUACUUGAUAGCGUAGUGUUGUGAUAGAUGUUUAGUGGAGGUGGAGAUGGGUGGGUCUGUGGUUUAUUUACGGCUUCAUUUCGGGAUAGAUAGCAGAGUUGAUACUAUUUACUAUGCAUACAAGUUACAUUAUUACAAGUGAUCAUG